UCCGAAUUUCCAAGCUGCAUGAGAAAAGCAAAGGAGCAACCCCUCACUUAAAAAGAGAAACACAAAAGCUUCACAAAACCCUCCACAAAGAAUAUAAAAUAAAAAUAGAUAGAAGAAUCAUAGCAAGAGAAAGAAUAACAUAAACCACAAAACACAGAGAGAGAGAUAGAGGAAAAAAAAAACAAAAACAAAACGUAACAAGCAAUAAUGUACCGUUUUAGCAACACUGUAAUAGGGUUCUUGAACCUUUUUACCCUCUUGGCCUCAAUCCCCAUCAUCGGCGGAGGCCUAUGGUUGGCGAGGAGCAGCACCACCUGCGAGAGCUUCCUCCAGACGCCGCUCCUCGUCGUCGGCUUUGUCGUCCUCAUCAUCUCCCUUGCAGGCUUCAUCGGCGCGUGUUUUCACGUCGCAUGGGCCUUGUGGGUGUACCUCGUCGUCAUGCUAUUCCUCAUAGCGACCUUCCUGGGGUUGACUGUCUUCGGGUUCGUUGUUACCGGCAAAGGGGGUGGUGUCGAGGUCCCCGGGAGAAUGUACCGGGAAUACCGCCUCGAGGAUUACUCGCCAUGGCUGAGGAACAGGAUCAAGGACCCAAGGUAUUGGAGUACUAUUAGGAGCUGUAUUCUGGGGUCCAAUACUUGUGCCAAGCUUGCCACGUGGACAACUCUGGAUUAUCUUGAGAGGGAUAUGACUCCUAUACAGUCUGGUUGUUGCAAGCCACCAACAACAUGCAACUACAACAUGGCCACAACGGUGGCACAAGACCCCGACUGCUAUCGCUGGAACAACGCUCCGAAUUUGCUAUGCUACGAGUGUGAUUCUUGCAAAGCUGGAGUUCUUGAAGACAUCAGGAGAGAUUGGCACAAACUCUCUGUCCUCAACAUUAUCAUGCUUGUGAUUCUCAUUGGCAUCUAUUCAAUUGGGUGUUGUGCUUUUCAGAACACCAAAAGAGCCGAAACGGAUUACCCGUAUGGCGAAAACCGGAUGAAGAGGGUCCGACCCAGAUGGGACUACUACUGGUGGAGAUGGUGGCAUGACAAAAGAGAGCAGCUUUAUUAGCUGAUCAAGAGCCUUUGUUAUCUUUUAUCAAUUUCUU